AUGCAGAUAACGUUCAUAUGCUUUAGGACAUGCCAGUUUGUCAUUAAUGCUACAAGUGCGGAGCGGAUAGCUUUGCUGCAGAACGCUAGCAAUGCUUGGGAUGGAGAGGUAAGGGUCAUCUUUGAUUUCUCCCUUUGUUUUUCAAUUUUUGAGUUGCUUAUUCCCACUAGUGGUUGGGUUUGUGAAGCUGAAAAUUGUGGGUUGAAUGAAAAUCUAUGGCUGAAUCUGACGGAUGGCGCCAUAAGAUGUGGUCGCAGUCAGUUUAUUCCUACUAGUGGUUGGGUUUGUGAAGCUGAAAAUUGCGGGUUGAAUGAAAAUCUGUGGUUGAAUCUGACGGAUGGUGCUAUAAGAUGUGGCCGCAGUCAAUUUGUUGGUGAAGGUCAAAUGUGCAAAGGAAACAACCAUAUGAAGCAGUAUUUUGACGCUACCGGAUUUCCACUGGUCGUGAAGUUGGGCACCAUCUCAAGUGAUGGAACUGCAGAUGUCUUCAGCUAUGAUGAAGAUGAUGCGGUGAUUGAUCCAAAUUUGGAGAAACAUCUUGCUCAUUUUGGCAUUGACGCGAGAAGUUUGAAAAAGACGGAAAAAAGUACGCUGGAGUUAGAGCUGGACAUGAAUCAGAAAUGGGAAUGGGCGAAAUGCCAAGAGGAUGGUGCUAGUCUGGAAAACAUCUACGGACCUGGCUAUACCGGCCUGAUCAACCUCGGGUCUAGCUGUUAUAUGAAUUCUGUGAGCUUCCAAAUUCUGGCACCCAUCAACAAAAUUUGGUAUUUUUCUCAGGUGUUACAAUCGUUGCUCCUUGUUCCAUCAUUCGUGACUCGAUACGUUGAUGGUGCUGGACCCAUACUAGCAAGAGUUCCUCCACUUGAUGUGCAUACAGACUUCAAUGGUCAAGUUGCAAAAUUGUUUUCUGCAAUGUCAAGCGGUGACUAUUCUGCGGAAAAUAGUGAUCUCAAUGGGAUAAAGCCAUCUCAGUUCAAACGAGUGGUGGCUGGCAAUCAUCCAGAGUUUUCUACGAGUCGACAGCAAGACGCGGAGGAGUAUAUUCGAUUUCUUUUGGAUAAGAUCUCCUCCGGCACUCCAGUUGAAGUCCGGGAUCCUACACUUUCCGUGAAGUUUGUUCAAAAUGGAAAGCCGAUUCGAAGAUAUUGCUUCCGGUAUGGUGAGGUACACGGACAGGGAAGAAACUGUGCUUGCAGUGCCUAUCCCCAAGGAGGUCGGUCGAAUGUGGCUUUGACCGAUUGUCUUCAUGCUCUUUUCGAACCGGAAAUCAUUGAGGAUUUUGUGAGUCCUAUCACUAACGAAAGGAAAGGUGCCCGAACUACUAUACGAUUCAAGACUUUCCCAGAUUUUCUGUUUUUACAAGCUCAGGUAAUUUUAUUAUAUAAUAAAUGAUU